CCUCUCAUGCGAUCUCACAACCAAACAGGAACCUCUUCUCCUUGCUACUAUUGAUCAAGAUGGCGUCGUCUUCAGCUCGUCUGAUGAGCAAGAAGCUCUCCGUCGCCGCCGUCCUCCUGCUGUGCACCGGCGCGUGGCUGCUGGCGGAGGCUCGCCCCCACGGCGACGACAUCGACAGCGACUUCUACUCCAUCGUUGGGUACGCGCCGGAGGACCUUGGCAGCCAUGACCAGCUGAUCAAGCUGUUCGAGGAGUGGGUGGCCAAGUACCGCAAGGCGUACUCGAGCUUCGAGGAGAAGCUGCGGCGUUUCGAGGUGUUCAAGGACAACCUGAAGCACAUCGACGAGAUCAACAAGAAGGUGAGCAGCUACUGGCUGGGGCUGAACGAGUUCGCCGACCUGACGCACGAGGAGUUCAAGGCCACCUACCUCGGGCUCAACCUCAACCGGCGGCAGCCGGCGGCGAGGAACUCGAAGAACUUCAGGUACGAGGGCGCCGCUGGCGACGUGCCCAAGGAGGUGGACUGGUGCAAGAAGGGCGCGGUGACGGAGGUGAAGAACCAGGGGCAGUGCGGCAGCUGCUGGGCCUUCUCGACGGUGGCGGCGGUGGAGGGCAUCAACCAGAUCGUGACGGGCAACCUGACGUCGCUGUCAGAGCAGGAGCUGAUCGACUGCAGCACGGACGGGAACAACGGGUGCAACGGCGGCAUCAUGGACUACGCCUUCUCCUACAUCGCCGGCAGCGGCGGGCUGCACACGGAGGAGGCGUACCCGUACCUGAUGGAGGAGGGCGACUGCGACCAGAAGGCCGGCGACGAGCAGGUGGUCACCAUCUCCGGGUACGAGGACGUGCCGGCCAACGACGAGCAGGCCCUGGUCAAGGCCCUCGCGCACCAGCCCGUCAGCGUCGCCAUCGAGGCGUCCGGCAGGCACUUCCAGUUCUACAAAGGGGGCGUGUUCGAUGGCCCGUGCGGCGCGGAGCUGGAUCACGGCGUGGCGGCGGUCGGCUACGGCACCAGCAAGGGGCAGGACUACAUCAUCGUCAAGAACUCGUGGGGCCCGCACUGGGGCGAGAAGGGGUACAUCCGCAUGAAGAGGGGCACCGGCAAGCCGGAGGGCCUCUGCGGCAUCAACAAGAUGGCGUCCUACCCAACCAAGGACCAGUAGUCACUACUACUGUGUGCAUGACCAUCAAAAAUCGAUCAUAGCCUCUCUCUCUCUCUUUUUACCUUCUCAUCAUGUUUUAUUUCUUCUUUCCCUUUUGUGUUGAUCGUUUUUAAUUUCUCGAUUGAUUUGAUCGAGGAGCAAAAGGCACUCAUGCACCACGACCUGCUUGGUUGAAAUGAUGGAUGGAAUAAACUUUACCUUAAUUUGUUUUAGUAAUUGGCUAUA